AUGGAACCUGUCCUUCGAGGCGACAUCGCCAACCUCAAAGUCUUUGCUCUGGCUGCGCGCGGGAGGCUUCCGGUCGACUACUACCCGGUGUUCUGUGAGCUGGAGCGAGCCUUGGAUGGAGAAUUAGAUUUCCUGAACGAAGCUCAAAGUGCGAUGAAGUGUCUCCCGUUUCGCCUGCGGGUCCAUUCGCUCGCCAUGGGAGCUGCUUGCACGUUCUCCGCGGCCUCUUCGGAAGAUGAGUUGGACAUCGCAGAGGACCCUUGGUCAGUCAGCGAUUUAUCGAACAGUCUUCCAAUUGUGCAAUCUCCACAGUCGUCCACUCCUUCGAUGAAGCCUCGUCCAAAGCAAAAGGUGGUCCGACCAGAGGCUUCGUUGCUACCCUUGCGGCCAUUGCAAGACCAGUCCGUUUGGUCUUCGAGAAGGCCAGUCGUUGUCUGCUCUCGUCGGGCGAUGAGCAGGACCGACUUCGCUGGGCUUUGGUUUUGCUUCGAGACCGAGGGCGACAUGGACGCACUUCUGGUGUCGCUGGAGGUAAGUUGGGCAAAACGUUGCGCUGCUUCUGCGAUAAGCUACGGAGCAGGCUAUGUGAGCCGCAAAAUAACGCAGCGCGGUGACGACAUAGAAAUGGAGGUCAUUGGCACACCCAGCGAUUUUACUCAACGAUUUCGCGUCGGUGCGGGCUGGCAGCGAGCAGCCGGGCCGGACGGUGAUUGCUGGGUGCAUCCCGUUUGGGAAGGUAAAGCCUUGCGUGUUGACCAGAUGGAUGAAGACGGCGGAGCAGUAGUGAUCGGUCACCAGCUCUUGCCAUGGGGGCUUCUGAUAACGAUGUCGGCACAUGGCGUGUCCGCCAGUUGGCUUCGCUUCGAUCCGCCACGAAUAUGUCAGUAUGUCCAAGUCUGCACGGGGCUCCUGCCAGCGUGCAGCGGAAGCGAGGUGGCUGCUUCCAUCAGGCACGAUCCUCUUGGGCGUGAGCUGGCCUCGCCAUUGGUGGUGCCACAGCCGAUACCGGGCAUGGCGACCAGAAGGGUGUUAGUCAUGGACUUCAUCAAGGGCACGCCGCUGUCAAAGCUCGAAGAGAGGGCGAAGGAGCUUGGGAUUGAUCUGGGCAGCAAAGCAGGGAAGGUGCUGGGUGGCCGAAUCUUAGAGGCCCUGACAACAGCAUACGGCAACAUGAUUUUUUCUUCUGGGUUCAUUCAUGGAGAUCCACAUCCUGGGAACAUCUUCGUGAUGGAAGGUGGAAGGGUUGCGUUGAUCGACUGUGGUCAGGUGUGCCAGCUGUACCGGGAGCAGCGGCUUCUGGUGGCAGAGGCGAUUCUAGCUGCAGCUGCCUAUGAUGGCAGUCGAAGCAUGAUCCUGACCUUAGCCAACUGCGUUCGCAACUUUGGAGUCACGUUUUGUCAAGGCCAAGAGGACGAAGAUGCCUGUGCUGUGCGCAGCUUCAUCGUUUGUCUGGUGUCUGUUGAAGUGACUCCCUGUAUUGAAGUAACUGAGAAGGCAAGCGUCGCCCUGUAUUUGUUUGGUGAUAAGGAUGUGGAGUUCCCGGGCGGAUAUUCCAAGGAGGAAUUCAGCGACAAGAGUCCGCUGCGCCAGCUGCGUUCUUUCCCAACGGAGCUGGUGCUUCUGGGGAGAGCGUUGCCCACUUAG